GGGAAGUGAAGUCACACAAGGAAGGGCAGGUCAACACUGUUUGGCUCAGGCAGUCCCGAAGCUCCAGGGCCGGUGGGGUGGGGGGUGGAAUCCUUUGCAGCUCUGAUCCAGUGAGAGAGAGAGAGAGACCGGGACAGGCGGCCAGGAUUUGCAGGAAGCUUCUGACUGUCUGGUGCGGAGCAAAGUACACGGCUGUAAAAGGAAGCUUUGUCAACCACACAUCGGGAUGAGUUCUCAGAAGCCUCUGCUGUGUCCUUGGCUUAUCGAGCAGAUCGACAGCGGGAACUAUGCCGGAGUCCACUGGGUCGAUCCCGAGAAAACCCGCUUCCGCAUUCCCUGGAAGCACGGAGGGCGACAGGACUUCUCCGCCGAAGACUCCAAAAUAUUCGAGGCCUGGGCCAUUGCGAGUGGCAGGUACAGACCAGGGAGGGACCAGCCAGACCCCUCUGUUUGGAAGAGGAAUUUCCGAAGCGCUCUGAACAGGAAAGCACAUUUCCGAGUCGUCAAAGAUCACACCAACAGCUUGGAUGACCCUCACAAGAUCUACGAGAUCUGUAGCAGCGACUCCCAGGAGACCGGUACCAGUCAGGAGGAAGAGAGUGACAUUACUCCUGACGCUAACUAUCUCGUCAAUCCCCUGAGCCCGGUAACGCUGGAUAGCUUCCUGCAAGAGAUGAAACUCACAGAUGAGCAAACAGGGGGUGCUGGGAAUGUUGUCCCUUGGCUGGGAACAGGGAUAGACGGAGCCACAAACUAUCCACAAGACAUCGCGGGGCUCGACACCUUGAUGGGAGCCGCCGCCUUCAUCCAGGACGUCUCGUGCCCUCCUCACCCCCAACCCCAAACCCCCGUACAACCCCUCCUCAACCCCAGUGCUGUCCCACUACCACAGCAACUGGAGAACAUCUUCCCCUCCUCCAAACUCGUGACUGAAUUUGAGGUGGAGAUCUAUUACAGGGGCAAGAAGGUACAGGAGACUUUGGUGAAGAACCAAAAUGGCUGCUGCUUCUUAUCCUAUCCCUCGGAGCCUGGUUUCCCUUACUUGGAGGAGGUCAGGUUGCCGGCCACCAGCUCGGUGCCCCUGAGCGACCACCAGCAGGUCAAGUUCACCAACCAACUCCUCGAGAGCCUGGGCAGAGGCCUGGCCUUGGAAGUCAAGCACAACCGGAUCUACGCCAGGCGUUACGGCAAGUGUAAGGCCUUCUGGUCCAGGGCUCAGUUUCCAGAUCCGUCCGAGCCUCAAGGAGUGUCGAGCCGAGAGGACACGUUCCUCUACAGCCUGCCUCUCUUCACCCAAGAGAUGAUCUCCUUUUUGGAAGGAAGCCAGACUUCACCCCAGUACACCCUCUGGCUCUGCUUUGGGGAGCUGUGGCCAGAUCAUCAGAGGAAGCCGUGGAACAAGAAACUCAUCAUGGUGAAGGUCACGCCCGUUGCCUUCAAGAUGUUGCACGAGAUGGCACACGACUUGGGAGCUUCAUCCCUGCAAGGCGAGGAAGUCGACCUGCAGCUGUCGGACACGCCGUCCACCUCCAGCCUCCUCGCCUUGUUCCGUGAUUUUGAGGAGACGAUGGAAAUCGACAUGGGACAGUGAUUCAACUCCCUCUCAGCCCCGGAGAGCCAGAGAGCGAGAGAGCGAGAGAGAGAGAGAGACCCCUUUCAGAGCCCUGGUGGCUUGGCGUGACAGAGCUCUGAGACACUACUCCAGGUGAAGGACGCUAUACAAGUUGUUGUUGUUGUUGACCGACAGAUCAGCCGCGGUCCGAUAGAA